AUGUCGCUUGACGCGCAGAUCGACAGACUUAGCCAUGCGGCGCGUACAAUUCGGGACUCUUCGUCUUCUCUGACUCCUCUUGCCGAACCUGGGCCGUACACGCACGCUCUACUUCACGCUGACCUCGGCGAUCUCAUCCGCGACAUUGAUCCGUCUGAACUCGGUCUCUUCACUCUCGUUCAACCACCUGCAGCACCGCGACCCGAAUCAAAUAUUGCACCACUACCGGAGGUUGCGCGCAUCGAUAUUGUGAGCGCGACGCCUCUGCGCAAACCGCCCGCUCCGAGACCGGAUGCUCCCCGCGGAGGCGCGCCUGGAGAACAUGAACCGGAAGUGUACGCUCGGGCUGCGCUGAACUUCAUCGACAAAUAUGCAUCCAUCCGCCCGAUGCCUCGAGCACGCGGCCAAGUCGUCGCGAUGUUGGAGCAACUUGAAGAGAUCCGGGCAGAUAUACACUCCCUGAACGACGCACUCCGCCAAGCCAACGCAGGAGGCGCAUCGAGAGACGGACCGUCUGCCCACGAUCUCGUCGAGAAAGAGAAGAGACGCAUACAAGAACUCCAAGCGCAAGUGAAGGAGAUGCAGCAACGCAAAGACGAUCUUCAGCGCAAGCGACCUUCCGCCCGUGCUGCGCCCUCACCUCGCAAGCCAUUACCAACGCGUUCGCCGCGGAAGCCGAUGUCGCAUAAGAAUGACAUCCACGAGGAUUCGUUCUGGGCCACACCCGCUAGCAGGCUCGCGCCCGCUCCCAAAUCAGGCGGGAUGCUCAUGGACGAGUCGUUCGAUGUAGCUGAUGUGACGACUUCAUUCGACAGUCCACUGGCGCACCGUACACCCUCAGCUCGGCAUGGCCAGCCUUCAGGUGGCUUCCUGCGCAUGGGUGCGCUUGGCACACCCGACGAUGUUGAAGACGAAGAUGUAGAGGUUGUGCCUGAUUCUAGCGGCGACGUUGAAGAGGAGCCUGAACCGGAGGAGGAUGAGGAAGAGGAGACUGAGGACGCCACUGCCGUUCUGCCCAAACCACCUCCCACUGAGCCUUCGAUGACCUCGCCUGGAUCUGAUGCAAGCUCGUCUCUCAUCGAGAUAGAGCCCACCACGCCGCUCCCAGCCGCUAUACAGCAGACCCCAAGCAAGCCUCAUGUUCGGGUUACGUCGGAGUUGGAACGAAUCGUCACAAGAAUAUGGGCCACAGUCGGCGACAUCAUCAUGCCACGUAAUCCAUAUAGCGUUGACGGCGACAACAGGCCGCCAAGAGCGAAGGUCACGAUUGCUCAUCUGAAGGACGUUGCCGCGCAGACUCCUCAGCCAACGAGCCCCAGUGCAUCCUCAAUAACGUCUGAAUCGCAACCAGGAGCUGCGGAGAUUACUCCUCAACAAGUGCUCACUGCUCAGAUGCUCCUUGCGCUCCUCUCCGCGCCACCAUCGUUCUCACUGCCUCUCAAUGAAGUGAAGAAGGCACUGGGUGUACCCGUAGGCGCAGGGCCGCGGGUAUCGACUGUGGGCGCCGGAGCUCUUGCGACGAGAGUCAUAUAUGGCUCAGUGGCGAAGCGGUUGAUCAAAAUCGAGCGAGGAGGGCGCGAACAGGUUGUGAGGUUUGACCUUGAUUGA